ACCGAGGAAAACCGGAAGUGGGCACCAGCCCUCGCGUCCCGCGGCCGCUCCGGCCAGCAUGGCGGACCUCCACCGCCAGCUGCAGGAGUACCUGGCGCAGGGUAAAGCCGGCGGGCUGACGGCCGCCGAGCCGCUGCUCGCUGCGGAAAAGACUGAGGAGCCCGCGGCGGGGGACGGGCCGGCGGGGGCGUGGCUGGGCCGCGCGGGCCUGCGCUGGACUUGGGCGCCGGGCCCCGCGGAGCCAACGGUGGCGACAGGGCCAGCGUGCUUGCCCAGUGUGACGCGCACACAGCGGCUGGCGGCCAGCGGCGUUUGCCUGCUGCUGGCCGCGCUCUGCUUCGGCCUGGCCGCGCUCUACGCGCCUGUGCUGCUGCUGCGCGCUCGCAAGUUCGCGCUGCUCUGGUCUCUGGGCUCGGCGCUGGCGCUAGUGGGCGGCAUGCUGCUGCGGGGCGGCGCGGCGUGCGGGCGCCUGCUGCGCGGCGAGGAGACGCCAUCCCGGCCUGCGCUGCUCUACGUGGCCUCGCUGGGCGCCACGCUGUACGCGGCGCUCGGGCUGCGCAGCACGUUGCUCACGGCACUGGGCGCCUGCGUGCAGGUGGGCGCGCUGCUGACCGUGUUGUUCGGGCUCCUGCCCUGGGGCGCAGGCACCGCGCUGCGAGUAGCGCUCGGACGCCUGGCUCCCGGCGCCGGCCUCGCCAAGGCACUGCCGGUGUGA